AAUUUUAUUUUCUUGAGUUUAGUGUCACCAUUUAAUCACGGCACUGAUAAGAAAUCUUAGUUUAGUUAAUGAGAAAGAAGAACACUCUUAUGUGAAACAAAUUUCUUCUUCAUCAUUCUCUGAUCAGUGAUGAAUCAAGCAGGAGAUUUCCUGAAAUCUCCAAUCACAAAAGUACUAGGAUUUGCUGUAAUUGCUUUCGUGUUCUUCUAUCUGGGACAACACUGGUCUGAUGGAUACCAACAGCUUGUUUUCUACACCAAUCAACAGCAAAUUACAGAGAAAACUGUUGCAAUUUCUCCGAAUGCUAAUAAAACUACAAUAUCAUUGAUGAAUGAUUCGACAGCGGCGGCGCCUGCUCGACAACCGAAACCACCACCUGUGAUUGCUGAGAAAUUUGGGAUUAUUGAUGAGAAUGGAGUUAUGUCUGAUGAAUUUGAAGUCGGUGAUUUUGAUUCAGAUUUGGCUGAGGAAUAUAGGAAGUUGAAUAUGAGUGUUGUCAAGCCGGAGGAUGUUAGUUCUUAUUCUGAUGAUAAGGUUAAGAUUAACAAGUUUUCUUUCUGUUCUGAGGAUUUUAGAGACUAUAUCCCUUGUUUGGAUAAUGUUGAAGAGAUCAAUAAGCUUAAUUCAACUGAGAAUGGGGAGAAAUUUGAACGGCAUUGUCCUCGGAAAGAUGAUCCCAGGUUGAAUUGCUUAGUUCCGCCACCGAAAGGUUAUAAAACUCCGAUUCCGUGGCCAAAAAGCCGAGACAAGGUAUGGUUUAGUAACGUACCGCAUACGCGCUUAGUUGAUGAUAAAGGUGGACAGAAUUGGAUUGAAAGAGACAAUGAUGUAUUUAAAUUUCCGGGAGGUGGAACUCAGUUUAUCCAUGGGGCUGAUCAAUACUUGAAUCAGAUUGCACAGAUGGUUCCUGAAAUUGCAUUCGGUAAUCAUACUCGAGUCGUAUUGGACGUUGGAUGCGGAGUUGCAAGCUUUGGUGCUUUUUUGCUUUCAAGAAAUGUGACUGCUCUAUCUAUAGCACCAAAAGAUGUUCACGAGAACCAGAUUCAGUUUGCUCUCGAGCGUGGUGUGCCUGCAAUGGUGGCCGCUUUGGCAACACGUCGUUUGUUGUAUCCAAGCCAGGCUUUCGAGUUGAUACAUUGUUCAAGGUGUAGAAUCAAUUGGACUCGUGAUGAUGGACUUUAUCUUCUUGAGGUGAACAGGAUGCUCAGAGGUGGAGGAUAUUUUGCUUGGGCAGCACAGCCGGUCUAUAAACAUGAAUUGCCCUUGCAGAAACAAUGGAAAGAAAUGGAGGACCUUACUACUCGUCUUUGCUGGGAGCUUGUGAAGAAAGAAGGAUAUGUCGCUAUAUGGCGAAAACCUUCAAACAAUAGCUGCUAUUUGGGGCGGGAUGCUGGUGCUCAACCUCCAUUAUGUGAUCCAAGUGAUGACCCUGACAACGUCUGGUACGUUGGUCUGAAAGCAUGUAUUACUCGGCUACCUGAGAAUGGUUAUGGGACAAAUAUUACUGCAUGGCCUGAUAGACUAGAUAAUGUACCAGACAGGCUUCAUAGCAUACAAUUGGAAUCCCAAAUAUCUAGAGGAGAACUCUUCAAAGCAGAGAAUGGAUAUUGGAAGCAGAUGCUCACUGGCUAUCUUCAUACUUACCACUGGGAAAGAAAACCAUUUCGAAAUGUGAUGGAUAUGAGGGCUGGAUAUGGAGGAUUUUCUGCAGCACUGAUCAAUCUGGGGAUGGAUUACUGGAUAAUGAAUGUCGUCCCUGUUAGUGCACCUAACACCUUGCCUGUUAUUUAUGACCGUGGACUUAUCGGAGUUAUGCAUGACUGGUGUGAGCCUUUUGAUACAUAUCCAAGAACCUAUGAUCUACUAAAUGCUAAUCGCAUUUUCUCCACUGAGCAAAAAAGGUGCAAUAUUUCAACCAUUAUGCUUGAGAUGGAUCGGAUAUUAAGACCUGGUGGAACUGCUUAUAUUUUAGACACUGUAUUCCUCAUGGAUGAAAUUAAGGCGGUAGGGAAGGCAAUGGGUUGGCAAACAACUCCCCGUGACACUAUGGAAGGUCCACAUGCCAAUUGGAAGCUCUUGAUAUGCGAGAAAAAUCUAGUGUCCAAAAAGAAGAAAAGAAGUAUGUGAGAGAAGCUUUUUACAUGCUUAAAACUAAUAGCAGAACAUAACUGAUGCACCGGAAAAUGUCAACACUCAACUUUCAGGUAGACGAGAAUCGUCCUUGGCAUCCCUUCCGGUAGCCACUGAACAACCUCACGGAGAUAAAAACAGCUUCAUAAACUGCAAUCUGUUGUCUUCUUUCUUUCCUUUGACAUCCGCCAUGCAAUUUUACAUGUAACUUAUCUUUUGAAGCUAUAUCAAAUAUGUUUAUACAAGUUAUGUUUGUCCAGAUUGAUAUUACAGUCCUUGUACACAAAUGAGGAAAAUAGAACUCCAAAAAAAAAGAGAAAAAAGAUACUGUGUGUUUUUCA